UGACGGGUGCGUGUCGUCGUAGGUAAGUGAGGAAAAAAUGGCCCGUACAAAGCAGACCGCCCGCAAGUCCACCGGGGGGAAGGCUCCGCGCAAGCAGCUGGCCACCAAGGCGGCCCGGAAAAGCGCUCCCUCUACCGGCGGCGUCAAGAAGCCUCACCGCUACAGGCCGGGCACCGUCGCGCUCCGUGAGAUCCGUCGUUACCAGAAAUCCACGGAGCUGCUGAUCCGCAAGCUGCCCUUCCAGCGGCUGGUCAGGGAAAUCGCCCAAGAUUUCAAAACGGACUUGAGGUUCCAGAGUGCGGCCAUCGGUGCGCUGCAGGAGGCGAGCGAAGCGUAUCUGGUGGGUCUGUUUGAAGACACAAACCUGUGCGCCAUCCAUGCCAAGAGAGUCACCAUCAUGCCCAAAGAUAUCCAGUUGGCUCGCAGGAUACGGGGAGAGAGAGCUUAAGUGAAGGCUGUUUUUAUGGUGUUUUGUAGUAAAUUCUGUAAAAUACUUUGGUUUUAAUUUGUGACUUUUUUUGUAAGAAAUUGUUUAUAAUAUGUUGCAUUUGUACUUAAGUCAUUCCAUCUUUCACUCAGGAUGAAUGCUAAAAGUGACUGUUCACAUAAACCUCAGUGAUGUGAGCCUUGUUGCUCAGGAGUGACAAGUUGCUAAUAUGCAGAAGGGAUGGGUGAUCUUUCUUGCUUCUCAUGCAUGUUUCUGUAUGUUAAUGACUUGUUGGGUAGCUAAACUUGUAAGGUACUAGAAUUGAUAUAAAUGUGUACAGGGUCCUUUUGCAAUAAAACUGGUUAUGACUUGAUCCAAGUGUUUAACAAUUGGGGCUGUUAGUCUGACCAUACAUCACUGUGAUCAAAUGUGGACUUUUUCAGAGGGUGAAACUACAACUCUUAACCACAGUGUAACUUACAGUUUCCUAAAAACGUAAACCUGGCAGCUAUAGAAUACACUAUGUGCAUUUAUAAUAGCUAUUUUAUAUAUUGUAGUGUCAACAUUUUUAAAUUAAAUGUUUUACAUUCACA